AAACAUUGUACUUUUUGAUAUUUACCCUCUUACCUACCUCUCCCCUCUUCCUUGUCUGGUUCUUUUCCUUUUUUCAUGCCCUCUUCACAGGAAAGAAUGAGUAUGAUCUUCUGGUAAUUGGUGGAGGGUCUGGAGGCCUUGCCUGUGCAAAAGAAGCUGCUCAGUUUGGAAGGAAAGUGGCUGUUUUGGAUUAUGUGGAACCUUCUCCACAAGGAACCAAAUGGGGACUUGGUGGAACUUGCGUGAAUGUUGGCUGCAUUCCUAAAAAGCUUAUGCAUCAAGCAGCCCUUUUAGGGAGUGCCCUUAAAGAUGCCCAACACUAUGGCUGGAAUAUAGCCCAACCUGUUCAUCAUACCUGGUCUGUGAUGGCACAAGCUGUUCAGAAUUAUGUGAAAUCCUUGAACUGGGGACACAGAGUGCAACUACAAGACAAGAAGGUGAAAUAUUUCAACAUGAAAGGGAGUUUUUCUGAUCCACAUACAAUCCGUGGUUUAACAAAAGCAGGUAAAGAGACUAUUGUUACUGCAGAAAAUAUUGUCAUUGCUACUGGAGGAAGACCAAAAUAUCCUACACACAUUGCAGGUGCACUGGAGUAUGGAAUCACAAGUGAUGAUCUAUUCUGGUUAAAAGAAUCUCCUGGAAAAACGUUGGUUGUUGGAGCCAGCUAUGUUUCACUUGAGUGUGCUGGUUUUCUAACAGGCAUUGGAUUGGACACUACAGUCAUGAUGAGAAGUAUCCCACUUCGUGGGUUUGAUCAGCAAAUGGCAUCUUUAGUAACGGAGUACAUGGAAUCUUACGGCACAAAAUUUUUAAAGAGAUGUUUCCCAAACAAAGUUGAAAAAUUGGAGAGCAACAGACUGCAAGUCACCUGGAAAAAUACUGACCUGGGCACAGAAGAAACCGAUUCCUUUGACACAGUGAUGUGGGCAGUAGGCCGAGCCCCUGACACAGAAGCUCUCAAUUUGGAGGCAGUUGGAGUGAAAACUAAUUCUGAAACUGGAAAGAUCAUUGUUGAUGCCAGUGAAGCUACUUCUGUUCCUCACAUUUAUGCAGUUGGAGACAUAACAGAGGGCCGUCCUGAAUUAACACCCACAGCAAUAGCUGCAGGAAAACUCCUGGCUCAGCGUCUUUUUGGCCAGUCUUCAGAAUUGAUGGACUAUGACAAUGUACCUACUACAGUUUUCACUCCCUUGGAAUAUGGCUGUGUUGGACUGUCGGAAGAAGCGGCUGUGCAAUGUUAUGGAUCAGAUAAUAUUGAGGUAUACCACGCGUAUUAUAAACCUUUAGAGUUUACAGUGGCUGAAAGAGAUGCAACUCAGUGCUAUAUGAAAAUGGUGUGCUUACAAGAGAGAGAGCAACGAAUACUUGGCCUUCAUUUCAUUGGACCAAAUGCAGGCGAAGUUAUUCAAGGAUUUGCUCUUGGAAUCAAAUGCGGUGCUACGUAUCCUCAACUAAUGAAGACAAUUGGCAUUCACCCUACCUGUGCUGAAGAAAUUACCAAGUUGCACAUUACAAAGCGUUCUGGCUUGGAUGCAACAGUCACAGGCUGCUGA